GCGAAGAAGAGGAGAGAGAAAGAAUGAGAAGGUCUCGUAGUCCCACACACUGAGCGAGGUUCACUUGUGGUCAAGAUAGGAAAGAUUCUGCCACUCUUCCCCAAGGAUUCCUGAGUAAGCGUAGCCACCGACAAGACCUAAGAAUGCAGGCCUUUGGACAUGGUGUGGGGACGUGGUUUCUCCUGGGCUUUGCAGCUUUGACAUUAAACUUCAUUAGCAAGGCACAGGGUCAAGUUGCCUCUCCAACAAGAUUAAAGUUUUCUAUAAUGUCGCAGGACAGUGUAAGAAUCACAUGGAAAGCCCCUAGGGGGAAAUUUCAAGAAUACAGAUUAACCGUGACACCAGUUGUAGGUGGCAAGCCCCAGAUGCUAAGCAUACAGAAGGGUGAGACGGUGGCUGUUGUGGAAGGCCUCCUCCCAAACCAGGAGUACGUUGUACAGCUGCUUGCCAUCAACAAUAAAAAAGAAAGUUCACCAGCUGUGGGCCGGUUUACAAUGAAGGCAUCUCGAAGCAGAGGCAGGCAAGGCUCACCUUCACAAACGAAACCAAAGAAAGAUUUGGAUUCUCGAGGCAGCAGUAAAGUGACUAUUGAAGGCUCGCAGUUUCUGUGCAAGUCACCCGCUAUUGCAGAUAUUGUCAUUCUGGUGGAUGGCUCCUGGAGCAUUGGCCGUCUUAACUUCCGACUUGUGCGACUGUUUUUGGAGAACUUGGUUAGUGCUUUCAAUGUAGAUUCUGACAAAACCAGAAUAGGAUUGGCUCAGUACAGUGGAGACCCACGGAUAGAAUGGAACCUGAAUGAACAUAGCACAAAGGAGGCGGUGCUGGAUGCUGUCCGAAACCUGCCUUACAAAGGCGGCAACACACUCACAGGCCUCGCUUUAACUUACAUCCAGGAGAAUAGUUUUAAACCCGAGGCUGGAUCCAGACCAGGAGUGCCGAAGAUUGGGAUCUUGAUCACAGAUGGCAAAUCGCAGGAUGAUGUUUUUCCUCCAGCUAAAAGCUUACGGGAUGCUGGCAUCGAGCUCUUUGCCAUAGGUGUGAAAAAUGCUGAUGCAAAUGAGCUGAAGGCAAUAGCCUCCGAGCCUGACGAGACACACGUUUACAAUGUGGCUGACUUCAACAUCAUGAACACGAUUAUUGAAAGCCUCACCAAGACGGUGUGUGCACGUGUGGAAGAACAGGAUAAAGAGAUAAAGGAAGCAACCUCAGCCCCAGUGGCACCCACGGACCUCGUCAUCACUGAUGUCACUGCUAGGAGUUUCCGCGUCAGCUGGUCACAUGCACCGGGGAACGUGGAGAAAUAUCGCGUAGUCUAUUACUCCACCACAGGUCAGCCAGAAGAGGUGGUUGUGGAUGGGACAGAGUCUACGGCUCUGCUCCAGAACCUGAUGUCCCUGACGGAGUAUCAGAUCGCAGUGUUUGCCAUUUACACAAAGGCUGCAAGUGAGGGUCUCCGAGGCGCAGCAACGACAUUGGCACUUCCUGCAGCCGCAGACCUGCGCGUAUACGACGUGACCCACAACAGCAUGAGAGUUAAGUGGAGGGCUGCUGAAUCUGCUUCUGGUUACAUGAUACUUUAUGCGGCGCUGACAGGGGGAGACACAGCUGAUGAAAAGGAGGUAAAGGUGGCUGACUUUGUUACGGAUAUAGAACUGGAAGGGUUAACGCCAAACACUGAAUACACUGUGACCGUGUAUGCCAUGUAUGGAGAAGAGGCAAGCGACCCUCUGACUGGACAAGAAACAACAUUGCCACUGAAUCCUCCCAAGAACCUUCAGUUCUCCGAAAUUGGGCACAGUACAGGCAGGGUGAGCUGGGAAGCAGGAUCGAGGAAAGCUCUGGGUUAUCGUGUCAUGUAUGUGAGAACGGAUGGGACUAUGAUGAGCGAGGUUGAGGUUGAAGAUACGACAACUUUUUUAAGUAACCUGACAUCACUUACAGAGUACACAAUCGCGGUGUUUUCAAUCUAUGACGAGGGGCAGUCAGAGCCACUGACCGGCAGCUUUACCACAAAGAGUGUUCCCAAGCCGUUGUCCUUAAGGGUCAGUGAUGUUUCUCUGGACAAGUUCAGAGUUAGCUGGAAGCAUGCUGCCGAAGAUGUUACCUUGUACAGACUGGCAUGCGCUCCCUUGAGUGGUGAAGAGGCAAAAGAGUUUGUCUUCAGUGGGGAUACAGACACAGUUAUUCUUGAUGAUUUGUUGCCUGGGACGGAGUACGAGGUGUCUCUCUCAGCAAUAUAUAGUGAUGAGGCGGAAAGUGAAGUUGUUACUGUCCUUGAAACUACACUUCAGCAAAUAGUCACGACAACACCAACCACUACAACUACUCUUCCUCCAACAACAGUAGUUGUCCGAUCUGGAAUAAGGAACCUGGUCCUGGAUGACGAGACCACAUUCAGUGUCCGUGUGUCGUGGGAGCCUUCCGAUUCCUUCAUCACCAAGUACAGAGUCUCCUACGUCUCUCUUAAAGGAGAUCGGGCGGAAGAAGCGGUGAUGGUUCCAGGGAGGGUGAACAAUCUCGUCCUCCAACCUCUGCUUUCGGACACCGCAUACCAAGUUACGGUAACACCGAUUUACGUCAAUGGAGAAGGCACGGGUCUCACGGUUACAGGGAAGACAUUGGCACUGUCCGGUCCUGCAAACCUGCAAGUGUCAGAGGAAUGGUACAACCGUUUCCGGAUCAGAUGGGACCCUCCACCAUCCCCAACCAUGGGCUACCGAGUGGUGUACACCUCGGCAUCUGCUCCUGGGCCAGUUCUAGAUACCUUUGUUGGAGAUGAUGUGAACACCAUGUUGAUUCUUAACCUACUCAGUGGAACCGAAUACCUCGUCAAAGUGUUUGCAACGUACUCCACGGGUUCCAGUGAGCCACUGACAGGAAGAGCCAAGACACUAUAUCUCGGGGUGACAAAUCUUGCCUCGUAUGAUGUUCGGAUGACAACCAUGUGCGCCCGCUGGCAGAUACACCAACAUGCCACUACCUACAGAGUGCUUAUCGAAUCACUCCAAGGCGGAAAGAAGGAAGAAGUGAUUGUUGAUGGAGGGACAUCUCGUCACUGCUUUUAUGAUCUUAUUCCAAACACCAAGUACAAGAUCAGUGUAUACGCCCAGCUGCAGGAGAUAGAGGGACCGGCCGUGAGCAUACUCGAAGCAACAAUUCCUGUUCCGACGGAGCCACCAACUUCUCCAACAACUGUCCCGCUGCCAACUAUUCCACCUGCCCGGGAGGUUUGCAAAGCUGCCAAAGCAAAUCUAGUCUUCCUCGUGGAUGGCUCGUGGAGCAUUGGGGAUGAGAACUUUGUCAAGAUCAUCGGCUUCCUGUACAACACAAUUGGAGCUCUGAACAAGAUCGGCCCGGAGGGAACCCAGGUUGCGAUCGUUCAGUUCAGUGACGAUCCCAGAACAGAAUUUCAACUCAACUCGUACAAUGAUAAAGAGAGGCUCCUGCAAGCUAUCCAAAGUAUUAGGUACAAGGGCGGAAACACAAAGACAGGUAAAGCCAUAAAACAUGCCAGGGAUUCGGUGUUCACAGUCGAGGCAGGAUUGCAGAGAGGCAUCCCCAAUGUCUUGGUGGUCGUCACGGAUGGUCGAUCCCAGGAUGAAGUUGACAAGAUUUCCCAAGAGAUGCAGAUGGAUGGGUACAGUAUCUUUGCAGUUGGCGUCGCUGAUGCUGAUUACGCAGAGCUGAUCAGCAUUGCAAACAAACCCAGCAACAGGCAUGCCUUCUUCGUGGACGAUUUUGACGCCUUCAAGAAGAUUGAGGACGAGCUUGUCACCUUUGUCUGUGAGACGGCCUCUGCAACUUGCCCGAAGGUCCACAUUGGAGAAAACAACCUGGCAGGAUUUCGAAUGAUGGAGAUGUUUGGUUUGGUGGAGAAGGAGUAUGCCUCUGUAGAAGGUGUGUCACUGGAGUCCGGCUCAUUCAACAGCUUCCCCUGUUUCAGGCUUCACAGAAAUGCCCUUGUUUCACAACCCACAAGGAACAUUCAUCCAGACGGGCUGCCGUCGGAUUACACCAUCUCCUUCCUGUUUCGCCUGCUGCCCGACACGCCACAGGAGCCUUUUGCCCUCUGGGAGAUCUUGAACAAGCAGCGCGAGCCCCUGGUUGGAGUCAUCUUGGACAAUGGCAGGAAAGCUCUCACUUACUUUAACUACGAUUAUAAGGAUGAGUUCCAGACCGUCACCUUUGAUGAUCCAGAGGUGAAGAAGAUUUUCUAUGGCAGUUUUCAUAAGGUGCACGUGGUGAUCACCAAAACCCAUGCAAAGCUGGUGGUUGACUGCAAGCAAGUAGGGGAGAAGGCGGUCAAUGCAGCAGGAAACAUCAGCACCAAUGGGGUGGAAGUCCUGGGACGGAUGGUGCGCUCCAGGAGCCCGAGGGACAAUUCUGCAUCAUUCCAGUUGCAAGGCUUUGAUAUUUCAUGUUCCACGUCCUAUGCAAACAAGGACAAGUGCUGCGAACUUCCCUCUCUGAGAGAUGAAGGCAACUGUCCAGCCCUUCCUCAUGCCUGCACUUGUUCUCAAGACAGUAAAGGACCACCCGGGCCCUUGGGUCCCCCGGGCAGCCCAGGUUUACGAGGUCCAAGAGGUGAGAGGGGAGAACAAGGUCAACGGGGUCCUGAUGGUCAGCGGGGUGAGAUAGGCAUGCCAGGCCUUCAGGGCCAGCCUGGGCCACAGGGACCAAGUGGACUUUCGAUUCAAGGUCCUCCGGGGGCUGCUGGUGAAAAAGGUGAGAAAGGGCAGAUUGGUCCCAUCGGUCAUCAGGGUCUGCCAGGUCCCCGAGGACUCCCAGGACGAGAUGGGCCACUAGGUCAAAGGGGUCCCAUGGGUAAAGAUGGAUCUGUUGGGCCACCAGGUUCACCUGGGCCAGUGGGGAGUCCAGGAGUCCCAGGUUCCCCUGGAGCUGCAGGAAGUCCCGGUCCUCAGGGCGACAUAGGACCUCCCGGUCCUCCUGGUCUGAAAGGAGAAAGGGGCCCAAGGGGAGACGCCCAGUCACAGGGAAUGGUCCGUGUCAUUGCCCAGCAAGUGUGUGAGCAGCUUAUCCAGAGUCACUUAUCACGAUACAACUCCAUUCUCAACCACGUCCCCAGCAACUCUGUCCAAGUGCGGGCAGCGCCGGGGCCCCCAGGAGAGCCAGGCCGCGAGGGGCCUGCAGGCCCACCAGGAGAACCAGGUCCUCAAGGUCGACCGGGAUUCCCCGGUACAUCAGGAAUACCAGGCCGACCAGGGGAAAGAGGUCUGACAGGUGAAAAGGGAGAUCGGGGAUCUCCAGGCGUCGGUAAGCAGGGCCCGAGAGGACCUCCCGGAGCACCAGGCCCUCAGGGUGAGGGACGGACUGGGCGCCAAGGUCCACCAGGGCUUCCAGGACAACAAGGUAGCUCGGGACGUACAGGACCCAGAGGACCAAGAGGACCAUCUGGGCCACCAGGUUACUGUGACGCCUCUACCUGUGCUGGCUACAAUAUUGGAGGUGAAUACAGUGAUCCAACCGAUCAAGACAUCCCUGUAGUACAAUUGCCUCCAAACUAUCGAACCUAUGACCAUUAUGAUGAGCAAGAACUGUACAUGUACCAGGGGUCAUACCCCUACCCAAACCCACACUCCCAGCCCUCCUACCCAGAGCUUCGCCGUGAGGAACCAGAUCAUCCUUUCGAGGAGGACGGCGAUGAAUCGGAAAUGGUUGAGAUCCGGUCACCAGGCGUUAGACGAUCUGCAAGGAGCACUUCUAAAUGGAGCAGCACAUCUUCAAGCUCAACAAAGGGGAGCCAAUAGAUGAGCGUUGUAAAUAUGGCGCGUAGUCUCACCUGUUUGAACCCUAUGAAAUGGGCAGUUGGUUCAACUCCUAGAUUAAAAACAGGGACUUCAGCAGAGAUGAUUUAAAAAAAAAAUUAUGUAACAAUUAUCAGGUUAUGUUGUUGCCAAAUUAAAGCAUUUGUGCCAUUAAAUGAGAAAUUAAUUUUCAAAAGAUUUAAGAGUGUUAAGUAUUUUAGCAGUACAAAUGUUGACUGAUCAUUUUAAAUCACUAAUCUUAUUGAAGGUUAGUAGGGUGCUACCAUAUCAGGUUUCUGUUACAUUCCAAGGGCAUAAAACUGUUGUAACCUUUCUGUACCAUUUCCAUUUGUGUUAGAUUGACUCAUUAAUCUUUGAAAUUUGUAUCAUGCUUAGCAAAAACAAACAAUUUGGUUUAAAUACUGUAAAAAAAGCAUAUGAAUGGUUACACACUGAAACUGUUUCAAAAGUCACUGGACAAUGUUUUACAUGUAGAUGACUUGUGGCAGAGUUGUCAAACUUGCUGCAGCAACGUAGAGCUGCGCUUUGAGUAGAAACCUUGCAAAGAUGAAUUUGUGCAUUUGCUACCCACGAAGCAGUUUAAAUGAAGAUUGUAUAGUUUUUCCCGACUUGUCCAUUCCCCUGUGAGCUCUUGGCAGAAUCUAGCAGGUAAUUUAUUUGGAUGAAAUGGUCAUUGUUCAAGGAGCAAGUAAAUAAAAGAAA